AUGGCUCCUAAUGGAUCGAAACGAGCCCCCUUUAUUGUGAUUGAAGGUCUGGAUCGUUCAGGCAAGACCACACAGACUGCCCUGCUGCAAUCUCGACUUGAGAGUGAAUUGGGGGCAUCCACGAAGCUUAUGAAAUUUCCAGAUCGUACAACUACAAUAGGUCAAAUGAUCGAUUCAUAUCUCAAGUCGGAUUCGGAACUGGACGAUCAUGUCAUUCAUCUGCUGUUCUCUGCGAACAGAUGGGAGCUGGCAUCGACGAUUGAGAGACUGUUAAAUGAGGGGACGGUCGUUCUAUGCGACAGAUACGCCUUUUCUGGUAUCGCAUUCUCUGCGUCCAAAGUUGUCCCAGAGCGAAGCGGGAGUGGUGAAAGCGUUCCAAAGUUACCGUUCGAAUGGUGUAGGGCACCGGAUAUUGGACUCCCUGCGCCAGACCUCGUGCUCUUCCUUGAUAUCGCUCCGGAGCAAGCCAAGCAGCGGGGUGGAUAUGGGGAGGAACGUUGGAGAGUAAUCGAUGCAGGGAGGGAUGUAGAGAGUGUAGCGGCCGACCUUUGGAAUGCCGAGGAGAGCAGCACAUGGAAUACACGAGGCUUUGCGGAGGGCUUGGUUAUGCCGCCGGUAAUCAAACAUUCACCUCUUGAAAUCAUUGGAAAUAUGUUGUGUAAUGUGAACGUGUUCCACAAGAGUUCCUCGGCGGACAUUCGAACCUUGAAAUAA